CAAAUGGAAAUGCUAAACAACAAGUUCAUCACCAUUAAAACAGAUAUAGAAGAGGCACCACACGAAUCCAUGUUUGAAAUCAAAACUCAAACACUUCCUCCUUUGGAUGAACAUGAUGUUCUUGUCAAAUGUUUAUAUGUCUCGAUUGACCCGUACCAGAUUAACCGCAUGAAGUCACGAAGUUCAUCCCAGAAUUCUGUUGCUGCAGCAUCCAAAAUCACCCCUGGAAUGACAAUAAAUUGCCUGGGAUUGGGGAGAGUUGUGGCUUCAAACCACCCGGACUAUCAGAAAAAUGAUAUUGUACAUGGAACAAUCAAUUGGGCAGAAUAUACAAUAGUGAAAACUCAAGACAUGUUAAAGAAACUUGACACCAUUGAAUUUCCAUUGUCUUACUAUGUUGGGAUUUUCGGGUUUAGCGGUCUCACUGCUUAUGGAGGAUUCUUCAAAAUAUGCAAGCCUAAGAAAGAAGACAAAGUCUUUGUUUCGGCAGCUGCUGGAUCCGUUGGUAAUUUGGUUGGCCAAUAUGCAAAGUUGUUUGGUUGCUAUGUUGUCGGGUGUGCAGGGACAAAACAAAAGGUAAAUUUUCUGAAAGAGAAGCUUGGGUUUGAUGAGGCAUUCAAUUACAAAGAAGAAACAGACCUAAACUCUACUCUCCAAAGGUACUUUCCUGAUGGGAUAGACAUAUAUUUUGACAAUGUGGGCGGAGAGAUGCUAGAGGCUGUUGUUGCUAACAUGAAUGCAUUUGGUAGAAUUGCUGCCUGUGGUGUGCUUUCAGGCUACACAAAUUCAAAGAAACAUAUCGCGCUAAGCAUGGUAGAUGUCGUCUACAAGCGAAUCAUGAUCCAUGGUUUUUUAGCCACCGAUUUCACCUCAAAUGAUUUCAAUGACUUCAUGUCCGUGACAAAGGACUAUGUUCGUGCUGGAAAAUUGAGUGUUCCAGAAGACAUUUCUUUUGGCAUAGAGACCAUUCCUUCUGCUUUUGUCGGCUUGUUCCGAGGUGAUAAUGUUGGGAAGAAGAUUGUUCAAAUUGCAAAAGAAUGAAAUGAAUAUAUAUCAACUGAAGAUUGUGAGAAGAAAUUGUGAUUGUUUAUGUAUUAUGUGUCUAUUCAACAUCAAGAAAUGAUAUUAUAUACAAUGCACCUUUGGAUGCCACAUUGUAAUUGUUUAGGA